AUGAUCGGAGGAAUCGUCCCAAAAACCGCCCUGCACUGUCUGCUAGUGAACGCGAUCCUGAUUGCUGGAUCGCCGGGGAUCUACGCGAGUGAUCUAUCGAGGAACCGCAGGGAUGCUUCCUGUCCCUCGUGCAGUCGAGAUAGCCCAGCUGCCUUGGCAAAUUGGGACUCGUUGCCAUCUUCAAGGGUUCCACGGCACGAUGAUGCAGAAUCUACACUAUGGUACAGCGGCAAAGGACGGUCCCGGCAACCAAAAUACCGCACCAACCUCUUCUCAGUCAAUUCCUAUAAUCCAUAUUACGGAGCCGCUCGAGGCAGAGGUGGCGCAGAAGUCGGCAGGGCCUGGGGCGCCGGCGGACGCGAGGGUUCCCACGCUCUCCAAUCCUGGAACAUCUAUCCUGACCUGGCUCCUGCACCAGCCUCCCCUUUUCGCAAUAUAAAAACGUCGAAUCCACCUGUGGCGCCGUUUCAACCCCUUGACCCAGACUCCAGUCCGCCGUUUCAACCGCUUUUUCCAGAUUCCAGUGCACCAUUUCAACCCCUUCGCCCAGGCUCCAAUGCACCAUUUCAAUCCCUUGGCCGUGGCUCCAAUGCACCGUUUCAACUCUUUGGCCCAGAUUCCAGUGCACCAUUUCAACCCCUUCGCACAGGCUCCAAUGGACCGUUUCAACCCCUUGACCCAGGCCUCAAUGGACGAUUUCAAUCCCUUGGCCCAGGCUCCAAAGGACUAUUUCAACCCCUUGGUCCUGACUCCAAUGCACCAUUUCAACCCCUUGGCCCAGGCUCCAAAGGACUAUUUCAACCCCUUGGUCCUGACUCCAAUGCACCAUUUCAACCCCUUGGCCCAGGCUCCAAAGGACUAUUUCAACCCCUUGGCCCUGACUCCAAUGCACCAUUUCAACCCCUUGGCCCAGGCUCCAAAGGACUAUUUCAAUCCCUUGGCCUAGGCUCCAAAGGACUAUUUCAACUCCUUGGCUCAGGCUUCAAAGGACCGUUUCAACCCCUUGGUCCAGGUUCCAAUGGACCAUUUCAACCCCUUGGUCCAGGUUCCAAUGGACCGUUUCAACCCCUUCGCCCAGGCUCCAAUGGAAUGUUUCAACCCCUUGACCCAGGCCUCAAUGGGCCAUUUCAACCCCUUCGCCCAGGCUCCAAUGGACCGUUUCAACCCCUUGACCCAGGCCUCAAUGGGCCAUUUCAACCCCUUCGCCCAGGCUCCAAUGGACCGUUUCAACCCCUUGACCCAGGCCUCAAUGAGCCAUUUCAACCCCUUCGCCCAGGCUCCAAUGGACCGUUACAAUCCCUUGACCUAGGCUCCAGGGCUCAAUUGAGGAAGCUCGGCCUCUUCGAUCCGGCAGAGCCUAAUUUCACAUCGGUGAAUCGUGGAUUCCUCAACUAUGAUCCAUCUGAUCCAUCGAAAUCAAUUUUCGAGGACUCUAAUACGGGAACAUCGAUGGUCCUCCGAGCUGACAAGUACGACGACGACGACGACGACGACUCCAGUGAGGAGGAUCCUGUUCCUCUUUACCCCUCGGACUACCCCAGAAAACAGUUCGAUUCGAGGACAGACGUUUUCGAACUUAGGAGACCAACAGUACAGUUGGAUAGAACCGAGUUGAUCGGGAGGCCCUCGAGGGUAUACGGUGGGCCCCGAGUAAUGUACGAAGGUAAUUAUCGGCUGGAUCGAUCCAAGGAAUCCAGGAUUACCGAUAGACCAAGCGAACCCCAGAAAAGUCAACAUCUUGGGGCUGUGUUGAGCCAGGGACUUGUCGAGUUGCUGGAAGAUCAGUCUAGGGACCUCAGAGUCGGUAAACCUCAGAUAGAUCAAACUCGGGACAGCAGAAUGGCGCAGCGACUUAGCGUUUUGCCAGAGAACCAGUUCAGGGAGUCGAGGAUGGAGCAAAACCAUAAUCAACUUCAGGACCUUAGAAUGACUCACGAGCUCGGACAUGUCCAAGGGAAUCAACUUAGGGACUCUAAAAUGGCUGAUAGGUUCCGGCAGCAUCAAGAUGCUCAGCCCAAGGACUUCAAGAUGGCUAACAGGUUCGGCCAAGGCGAUCAGUUUAGGAACUUGAGGUUGGCUGACAAAUUGAUUAAAUCUCAGGAGAAGCCGUUCAGAACGUCCAGCGUAAUGCACGUCCCGGACACUGGAUUCACUCCCCAAGAUCAGUUAUCGGAGCAGGACAUUUUGAAGAUCAUGCAGCAGAUCGGAGCCAUGGUUACCAACCGUAGCACCGCAGUGGAGCAGAAACGUGGUCAGCAAGAGGUUAAGAUUUCUAGCGAUCACACGGACGGGAGUCCCGAUUCACCGAAGAAGGACGAGGCUAAGGAGAAGAGGGAUACCGUGGAUGAAAAAAAUGUUCCAGUGAACGCGAACGACGGGAUAUUCCUAAGUCAUAUCGAUUAUGAUCUGCCGGAGGAAAUGACCACACAAACUCUGGAAAAUCGAUAUCAUGCCUGUUACUCGAUAACCGAAGACUACAAUAGAAAGAGUCUAGGGAAUAAUGGGGAUUACUUUUAGUAAUUGUUACUUUAAGAUAGUGGAUAUUAUUUUUAGUGGAUUGGCAAUUGUUGCUUUUUGUA